UACAGGAUAACUAGUCGUUCACGGAAGAAACCACAUUUAGAAAGCGUACAACCCAGAGAGUAGCGUCGCGUCUGUUGCGUGAUCCAUCCAUCGAGUCAGACCACCGGGAUACAGGUUCUUCUACAGACCGAGCGUUCUCCACUGCUCCUCGGGUUCAGACUGCAUGAUGCACCGGUGCUAGUUUGGCCGUGUGUUUCGGAGUGGAGGCUCUUAACUAUAGUAGGGAGAAUCUGUUUUAAAAUGCUAAAGUAUGUUUCUCAUGGUGGCCAUCCAUCCAUCCAUCAGGCUUUAAUAUAACCUUAAAUCAAGGGUACGUGGGUCCUUGUCCAAUUCUACAGCCACUAUGUUUACAUUGAUGAGGACGUGGCUCAAACAAUAAGGUGACUAAUACAACAGGUUGUGAAGCUGUGGAAGUCAUGCCUUUUGUGGAGUUCAUAGCGGGGAGCAUUUCAGGUGCACUGGGACUGGCAAUUGGACAUCCAUUAGACACUGUAAAGGUGCGUUUGCAGGCCCAGUCCAUGUAUAAAGGGAUACGUCACUGUGUGGCUAAAACGUACUCUCAUGAAGGGCUCCAUGGUUUCUUCAAGGGCAUGGCCUUUCCUGUGCUGACAACCGGCAUCAUCAACUCCAUUGUUUUUGGCUCUUACUCGAACGCCUUAGAUUACCUUACUCAGUCUCAGCGCUGUGACCGAAGCAAACCGGCCUCGACCGCACACGUCUUCACUGCUGGCUGCUUCUCAGGUCUGAUGCAGGUGUUUGUUUGUGCACCUGUCGACCUGGUGAAGGUGCGUCUGCAGGGUCAAACAUCUGCUCACCGAUACCGUGGACCCAUUCACUGUGUUUCCGUCAUCCUGAAGGAGGAAGGACCCAGGGGUCUGUUCAGAGGAGGGCUGGCCCUCGCCCUGAGGGAUGUACCCUGCUACGGACUCUACUUUCUGCCCUAUGAGGUCACUCGAAUGGCUCUGACAGGGAGCGGCAAAGAAUCAGAUACGUUUGCAAUAUUGAUGGCCGGUGGCACGGCAGGAGUGGUGACCUGGAUCUUUGCGACGCCCAUGGACGUGGUAAAAGCCCGACUCCAGAUGUCAGGGGCAGGCGGACGGGUAUACAGCGGAGUCCUUCACUGCCUGAGAGUGAGCGUGAGAGAGGAGGGAGCCAGGGUCCUUUUCAAAGGCCUACUUCUGAACAGCCUGAGGGCCUUUCCCGUCAACGCCGUCACCUUCCUAAGCUACGAGAGUCUGAUGAAGAUGUUCUGUCCGCCAGCGAGAUGACCUGAUGUCUGACAGUGACAAACUGUUUGUCCUGCAAACUGACAAAUCUUCUGUCCAGUCUGACUCUGGUGUCUGGAACACAGUGGAUAAUGUUUAGGUGCUAGCUGUUCAAAUUAAAAUAAAUCAGACCUG